UCGGCAUCGGAGGGUGGGUGGCGCUGAGGUGGCCGGCACAGUCUGCAUUCUGCUCCAGCGUCGAGACGCUCGUUUACCGUCUUCAUCUCCUCUCGCGUUCGUGUCUCUCGCAGUUCGCGGUUACCCGUCGCGUCACCCUGCGACGCCUACGCCGGUCCUACCACGGUGAUCGUUGGGCUAUCGCCAAACGAUAAAAUCGGUUAUCAACGUGGCCGAUAUUACCCUGCAACGUCUCCCUCGUCCCUAUCCCGACUGUCAAGGAGUCAGCCUCGUGUCACUCGCGAACACGAAGCUUCGCCAGGAAGACUUGACUUCCGUGCCGAUCGGCACGGAUCGAUGAGACUUGGGCGAACCUGAUCAGGUCCGGAUCACUCGCGACUCAAAGUGUCUUUGGAUACUCCGUCGUAGGGAGUAUCGAGAUAUACGAAGGAGACCACUGAGAAGGAUGCGGUGAUCGAAGAAUCCUCGGGAAGCAAGCCCUUCGGAGAGGGCGCGAGGACAUGCUACUACCACCGGACAUGCUAGCCGCUCAGUCCAAGAUGGUCUACCAGAUCAAUAAGUACUUCGGGGAGCGAGUGAUGGGCCGCAAGACGCAAGUGUCGAAAACGAUCCAGGAAGUAUGUCGCGUGGUACAGGAUGUCCUCAAGGAAGUCGAGGUCCAGGAGCCACGCUUCAUAUCCUCCCUGACGGACUACAACGGCAGAUUCGACGGUCUCGACGUCAUCUCGCCUACUGAAUUUGAGAUCGUCAUCUACCUGAACCAGAUGGGCGUGCUGAAUUUCGUCGACGACGGCACGCUGCCAGGAUGCGCCGUCCUCAAGUUGAGCGACGGGCGCAAGAGGUCCAUGUCACUUUGGGUAGAGUUCAUCACGGCCUCGGGUUACCUGUCCGCCCGGAAGAUCCGCUCCAGGUUCCAGACCCUGGUGGCUCAGGCCUGCGACAAGUGCGCAUAUCGCGACUCGGUCAAGAUGAUCGCCGACACCACCGAGGUCAAGCUCAGGAUACGCGAACGGUACGUGGUCCAGAUCACACCGGCGUUCAAGUGCGCCGGUCUCUGGCCCAGGUCCGCUUCGCACUGGCCUAUCCCCCACAUUCCCUGGCCUCAUCCGAACAUCGUCGCCGAGGUCAAAGCCGAAGGCUUCGACAUGCUCUCCAAGGAGUGCAUCGGCCUCCAGGGCAAGCAGUCCGCGAUGGAGGGCGACGCCUGGGCACUCUCCUUCAUAGAUGCUGAAAAUCGACUCCUUCAGGGUGCCAGCAGGAGACGAUGCCUGAGCAUCCUCAAAACUCUACGGGACAGACAUCUGGAUCUACCUGGGAAUCCGGUCACCAGCUACCACAUGAAGACCCUCCUGCUCUACGAGUGCGAGAAGCAUCCUCACGAGACCGAGUGGGACGAGAUGUGUCUCGGCGAUCGUAUCAACGGGAUAUUUCUUCAGCUUAUAUCCUGCCUCCAGUGCCGCAGGUGUCCGCACUACUUCCUACCGAAUCUUGACCUCUUCAAGAACAAGACGCCCAGCGCCUUGGAGAACGCUGCCAAGCAGGUCUGGAGACUGACCCGCGAACUACUCACCAAUAGCCGUGCCCUGGAGAAGCUCUAGUGCCACUGUAUCACCGGACUGGCAAGGACGAAGAAGCAAGAUCAGGAACAAAAGAAUAGGAAAAGAAAGGGACCUCUAUGGAUAACUAUGUUGUGAAUGUGUGAUCGUGCGACGACUCAUCACUCAAAUUAGUGCCAUAAAUCGAGUUCGGUUCGAACGUCUGACAUAUUUCUUUUUCCUGAUUCUCGGUCUCUCUUCUCACUCUCUCUCUCUCUUUCUAUUCUUUAUCGAUUUCUCACUCGAUCUUUCGUUUCUCUCACGAAGCCAUCUUGCUCUUUUCUUUACGACUGCCCUAAACUCUAUUGAACGAUCGAUCGUUAAAGAGGUUCUCGCGAACGCAACAUCGUGGCUGUACGUUCGCUUUGGGUACCUACGUUGUAUAUUAAUAAUAGAAAUAUUACGUUUCUUGUAUCCUACGUACACCGUGACCGCUUUUGUAAAUACACCUAAAGAUAUUUAUUGAACUGUAACGAUAUGAGAAAUACAAUACUAUUUAUACGAAAAUAA